UCAACGCGUUGAAUUUAAUCUUCUGUUGCCAUAUUCCCAAGGUUUUCAAGAUGUCCGUGUUACCCAAAUUAGUUUAUCUCGCAUCGUUUGUGACUUUUAGAGUGUCCUGUGGUAACCUGAAACUAAACCCACCCAAGGUUGUGGUGAGAUUUGGGGAUCCUGUGUCAGUGAACUGCAGCACCUCCACUAAACAUUAUGGCAUGGGCUGGGAGGCCCCUGUGGGAGCUGUAGACCUGAGGGACAAUGUUAAUGUGAUCACCUGGACAGUUCCAGAACUGACUGACUGGGACAUGGAGGCAAUAUGCUUCAUCAACUCUGAUGAUGUACAGCACUCCAAAACUCUUUCAGUCAUUGUCUAUAAGACUCCAGACAGUGUGUCCGUCAGUUAUGUAAAUCACACAGGCCCAGUGAUGGAGAAGACACAGUAUGAGCUCCAGUGUGACAUUAAGAACAUUGCUCCUGUUCAGUAUCUCACUGUGAGGUGGUACAAAGGACAGACUCUAGUGGACAGUCAAACAUUUACUGAUGACUCCAAGACUCCAGUGAAUGUUUCUGCUCCACUCCUGAUCACUCCCAGUAGAGCUGAUCAUGGAGCUCAGUACAGGUGUGAGGCAGAGCUGGACCUGGGAGCAGAAGGACCUCAACCUCCUCCUACAGUACAGGCAAAGGCUCUAAAUGUUGAAGUGUGUUUGUCCUGUGGUAACCUGAAACUAAACCCACCCAAGGUUGUGGUGAGAUUUGGGGAUCCUGUGUCAGUGAACUGCAGCACCUCCACUAAACAUUAUGGCAUGGGCUGGGAGGCCCCUGUGGGAGGUGUAGACAUGAGGGACGAUGUUAAUGUGAUCACCUGGACAGUUCCAGAGCUGACUGACUGGGACAUGGAGGCAAUAUGCUUCAUCAACACUGAUGAUGGACAGCACUCCAAAACUCUUUCAGUCAUUGUCUAUAAGACUCCAGACAGUGUGUCCGUCAGUUAUGUAAAUCACACAGGCCCAGUGAUGGAGAAGACACAGUAUGAGCUCCAGUGUGACAUUAAGAACAUCGCUCCUGUUCAGUAUCUCACUGUGAGGUGGUACAAAGGACAGACUCUAGUGGACAGUCAAACAUUUACUGAUGACUCCAAGACUCCAGUGAAUGUUUCUGCUCCACUCCUGAUCACUCCCAGUAGAGCUGAUGAUGGAGCUCAGUACUGGUGUGAGGCAGAGCUGGACCUGGGAGCAGAAGGACCUCAACCUCCUCCUAGAGCACAGGCAAAGGCUCUAAAUGUCGAAGUGUGGUAGAUUCUCUCUCUAAUGUCUCCGUAUCCUGUGAUGAAGUCAUUGAACAAGGAGAUACUGGGAUCACCUCCACACAUUCGCAAAGGAAAACAGACAAACCAUGAAAUAUAUCUGCAUCUCUCAGACCAGGGAAUUAUACCUUUACUCGGUUUUUCAUAGUUAUGAAGCUUAUGUCUGUGUAACGUUUUGGAAUUCCAAUGACCAUCAACCAUCAACUAAUAUUUUAUCCAUAGUCUGCUACUAAGAUGUACUUUAUAUGUUCAUUACAUUUAUCUUUUUUUU